GAAGAUGUCGUCGAUGCAACCCCUCAUGUACUGCCAGAAAACCAAGCAGUAUUGAAAAGAUAUUAUGAUAGUUUUCCGAAUAUCGAUGAUCUCACUAAUACAACUAAUCCAGACGUGAAAAAAGCUGAGGAGCUCACCAAAUCAAUACUAAAUAAAAAAUCAUCAGGAAAUGUGACUGACAAAAAUACUGCAUGUCAUAUACUUAAUAAAUUAUUGGGUGAUGAAGAUCAGCAAUGUUUAUUUUUUGAUUCCGCAAAUGGUAUUAAUCUUCAUGAUGCAUCUGGAAACUUAGCUGAUAUUGACUCUGAAGAUAGACCAUUCGUCUUGGAAUUAAAGAGUAGUGAAGGAUUAGGAGGUGACAAUAGUAAGAAAACGUUCAAUGAUGACAUGAACCUGGCUGAAACCUUAACACAUUGUAUUGAGCAAAAGAGAAACCACCCAAUCAUCGAAGACAUACGCGAUCGGUUAGCGAAAGCACAUGAAGUUGAUAAAAAUUCUAUUGUUAUAAAAGCUGUCUUCGUUGGAUCAUUCAAUAUAGCUUAUACUGUAAAGGAUUUGGCAAAGUCUGUAAUUAAAAAGCUGUUCAAAAUUUCGCAACAACUGAAGAAGCAGUUUCCCCAAUUCCUGCGUGCGAAAAUUCAUCCAUUAUUAUUUCGUCCAUCAUUUGAUAUAGCCUAUUUUGAUGCACGCGGUGAUAAAACAUUUAGCAGUGGACCAGAUACUCAUGAAGUUGGCCCGCCUGGACGUACCAAAAAAUAUACGUCACCCUCUGGUUGGACUAGGUAUGGUCUAAAGGUGCUAGGUAAAAGUGAAUAUAAAAAUGAUGAAUGGUUACAUCCAUUUCAACAUCCUGGUAAUUGGUAUAGAGCCUUUCAUGGUACAGGACGUGCAACAAAAGUCGACUUUGGUAACUCGAAUGCAGAUUUCGACCAAACUGCUGCACCCAUUAAUGCUCUCGCAAGCAUUUUUAAACAAGGCUUUCGUCCAGCAAGAGUCGCUGUUUAUGGCCCAGGUGUUUACUGUUCUCCGAAUCCUGUCUGGCUCGGAGAUUCUGUAUUUGUUGGAGCUGUUGAGUUAGAUACUGAAAAAGGAAAGAAAAAGUUUAAGUGCAUGUUUCAAGUUGCAGUGAAUCCUGCGAGUGUUCAGUGUCCCAGCGAUGAUAUAUGGGUCGCACCUCAGCCUCAAGAUAUUCGACCUUAUGGUAUACUUAUCAAAGAAGCUUGA